GAAUGGAUUUUGACCCAUCUUUUUAUCUAGAUAACAUUUUAACUUCCUGCUAACUUCUGUAUGGUACUUAAAAUAGUUUUUAACAAAAAAAUUAUUAUGUGAUAUUUCAACGACGUGAAGACAUGGACAUGCAUUAACUGUCGUAUUUAAAGAAAAACGCUUGACACCGAAGACAGGCUCGCAAUAUAGUGCUUAAAACUAUGGUUUCUAUCAUUGGAUUUGUGCUUCUGAUACUCGGCGUAUACGGAGAUGAACUUCUUCCCCUGAAUAAUGUCACGCUGAGGAGUGGAGGUACUGUGUAUGAUUCAUGGGACCCUCAUCGAGUGAUUGAUGGCAACACUAGUACAGACGCGGACACCUGUAAAUGCUGUACAGCCAUUUCAAGACCUGCAUGGAUUUCACUCAACAUAGGACAACCAUACCUUGUGACGAAAAUUGAAAUUUACGGUCGCACAGAUCAUGACAUUGACCAGUCUCAAAACAUGCGCCUUUGCGUAGGACUUCUAGAUGAGAUUGAGGAGGGUUGCAGAGAUAUAACUAAUAGUGACCCAGCAAUAGUUUUCAACCCGCCACGACUUGCACAAUUCGUCAAUUUCACGGGACUUAAUAACGGAACAUGGGCAGGAAAGGUCAUGACGAUCUGCGAGAUUAAAAUAUUUCAGCAAAACGCAAUAAACAUUGCCCUAAGUGAUGGUUAUCAUCGUAUUUUAAGUCAAGCAAAGGCUUACAAUACAUGCACUGCAGAAAAAGCAGUAGAUGGAAAGUAUUCAUCUACAUACGCAUCCGAUACUGAUUUAUGCAACAACUGCAGUGCAACAGAUGGGUCUGUAAACCCAUUUUGGCAAAUUGAUUUCGGCACACCAGUGUUUGCACAAUACAUUAACAUUAUUGGGCGUAUUGACGUUCGGUCAGGGCCAGGCGAUCAAAGUGAAAACCUGCUAGUGUACACGAGCAAUGACUCAAUGACAACCAACAAUGAUAGGCUGGUCAUUAAUAUAACUUCUGCAAAUAUAGAUUUAAGUAGACUAUAUGAAUUACGAAACGAAAGUUUCCAAUAUUUGACCAUUCAACGAUUUUCUCAUGCCGUCAUGACGUUAUGUGAAGUUCGCAUCUACCGAAAAGUAUGUAACAACGGUACAUUUGGUGAACGAUGUCAACCAUGCGGUCAUUGCCAAACUGGUACAACAUGUAAUCAAAAUGGGCACUGUACGUCGGGUUGUGAACCUGGAUGGGAACCGGAUUUGUGUAACAAAGAAUGUCUAAACGGAACAUACGGAACACCUUGUCAAACAUGUGGACAUUGUCAAGGAGGGACUCCUUGCAAUAAAAUAACAGGGAAUUGUCAAUCAGGAUGCGAACCAGGAUGGAACAGUUCGAAAUGUGACAAGGAAUGCGCAGAUGGGACAUAUGGAGUGUCUUGUCAGGCAAAAUGUGGCCAUUGUAAAGCCAACUUGAACUGCAACAAAACCACGGGCGUUUGUCCAACAGGUUGUGAACCGGGCUGGCAGUUAAAUACGUGCGACACAGCAUGUUCUGGUCACUUUGGGAACAACUGCUCGAACGCAUGCCACUGCAAUGAUACUUCUGAACAAUGCAACACUAUCUUUGGUAUUUGUACAUCGGGCUGUUCUGACGGCUGGGGUGGUGAUAAUUGCAGUAUAGAUAAAAACAUUAUCUUGUCUGGCAAUUACUCGGUAACUGCAACGCAGUCAAGCACCUAUGUAAACUGCAGCGCAUCCAGAGCAAUAGAUGGAAAGUUAUGGAACAGCAAUCCAACAGACUGUUCCAAAUGCAGUGCUACUGAUGGUUCUGAUCAACCGUGGUUACAAAUUGAUCUGAAACGACAAAUACUUGGAUCAAGUUUACGUUUAUUUGGGCGCGUUGACAACCCAGAUCAAAGCAAUGCUGUGUAUGUUUAUGUCCGAAAUGAAACAUUGGGUGGUGACAAUAAUACUUUCAUUGAAAUUAUCAACAAUGCAAGUUCAGAAAACGGGGUUCUUCUGCACUUGAAUAAGAAAGUAUUCCGUUACCUCAUUUUGAGAAAAUGGACUCAGUCGUAUAUGGCGAUUUGUGAAGUCAAAAUAUAUCAAGCAGAGUGUCCUCCUGGACAUUUCGGAGAUAUGUGUGCCCUUGAAUGUCACUGCGCUGGCGGAAAGGCGUGCGAUUCAAUUACUGGUCAAUGUCAAAAUCAAGGCUGUACAGACGGAUGGCAGGGUGUGGCAUGUAAUCAGUCAUGUACACACCAACAGUACGGUCAAAAUUGCAGCUCAACGUGUCAUUGUUAUGGUGAUACAGACUGUGAUAAAUUUAUUGGAACGUGUCCAGGAAUGUGUGAGAACGGAUGGACUGGGAACACUUGCUCAACAGUGUGUCCUUGGCGUCGAUUCGGCGACAAUUGCAGUCAAACAUGUCAUUGUGUAGACCAGCAUGACUGCAAUAAAACAGACGGAACAUGUCCGGGGCUGUGUGAAAUAGGCUGGGAUGGCACAAGCUGCGCUGAAGAAUGUCAUUUCCAAAGGUUUGGUCAAAACUGUAACAGAACAUGUCACUGCCGUGGAUCUGAAGACUGUACGAAAGCUGAAGGGCAAUGUCCAGGGAUAUGCGACGUUGGAUGGGCAGGCUCGCAAUGUUCAGAACCUUGUGAUAUCGGCUGGUUCGGCAGUAAUUGCUCUUCCCAAUGUCACUGUCAAGACGACACGACUUGCAAUCACGUAAAUGGCAGCUGUCAAAAUAAUCAGUGUGCAGCAGGAUGGACUGGUGAUAACUGCAGUUCAGCAUGCAAAUACGGAUUUUAUGGAAUCAAUUGCUCGUCUGAAUGUCACUGUCAACACAAGGAGCCAUGUCAUCACAUAUUCGGCAACUGUUCUAACAAUCUAUGUGCACCUGGUUGGAUUUCAGACAACUGCAGCAUAGCCUGUGGAUACGGUUACUUUGGAUUGAACUGUUCAUCUCCCUGCCACUGUCAAGAACUCACAUCUUGUGACCAUGUUUCUGGUCAUUGUUCUGACAACGAUUGUUCCCCGGGAUGGACAGGCAAUAACUGUUAUACAGGUUGUCCCGUAGGGUUCUAUGGAUUGAAGUGCGCUGCAAAGUGUCACUGUCAGCAUGGCAGCCUAUGUGAUCACGUAUAUGGCAACUGUUCUGACAAUCAGUGUGAUGCAGGCUGGACAAUGGAUAAUUGCAGCAAAGCUUGUGAUAUCGGCUGGUUCGGCAGUAAUUGCUCUUCCCAAUGUCACUGUCAAGACGACACGACUUGCAAUCACGUAAAUGGCAGCUGUCAAAAUAAUCAGUGUGCAGCAGGAUGGACUGGUGAUAACUGCAGUUCAGCAUGCGAAUACGGAUUUCAUGGAAUUAAUUGCUCGUCUGAAUGCCACUGUCAACACAAGGAGCCGUGUCAUCACAUAUUCGGCAACUGUUCUAACAAUCUAUGCGCACCUGGUUGGAUUUCAGACAACUGCAGCAUAGCCUGUGGAUACGGUUACUUUGGAUUGAACUGUUCAUCUCCCUGCCACUGUCAAGAACUCGCAUCUUGUGACCAUGUUUCUGGUCAUUGUUCUGACAACGAUUGUUCCCCGGGAUGGACAGGCAAUAACUGUUAUACAAGUUGUCCCGUAGGGUUCUAUGGAAUGAAGUGCGCUGCAGAGUGUCACUGUCAGCAUGGCAGCCUAUGUGAUCACGUAUUUGGCAACUGUUCUGACAAUACGUGUGAUGCUGGCUGGACAAUGGAUAAUUGCAGCAAAGAAUGCAAGCAUGGAUACUUUGGAAAGAAGUGCGAAUCACAAUGUCGUUGCAACGAGAAUGCUUUGUGCAACAAUACCAACGGCCAUUGUUCAGACAAUCUGUGUGCAGAUGGCUGGAGAAAUGAGAAUUGCAGUAUCGCAUGCGCACCUGGGUAUUACGGGGAAAACUGUUCCAUGGACUGCCAUUGUGAACAAUGCCAUAACGUCAAUGGCUCGUGUGCCUUGUAUUCAAAACAGUGUCGUGGAGGUUUCCGACUAGAAGGCGAAUUUUGUACACAUGAAGACAGCAAACCGACAUCGGUAGGAGCCAUAGGUGGUAGCGUAGGAGCUGCAAUAGCGGUCAUAAUUGGGAUUGCCGUCGGUUUAUGGUUCUUCCGACGAAGAGUCACCUCUAAAAACAAGCAUCGCUCGAGUGAUUCUACAGAACUAACCGAGAUAUCAAAAGUUCAAAGACCCGCCAAUGCACAUGAAAAUGCCGUGUAUGCGGAUACUGAAGCGAAUUCCAAAGUAUACGCAAACACAGAUAGCGAUUACUACAGUUACAAUGACGUUGUCCCGGGAAUCAAUAUACAUUUAUUGUGGGACUACAUUCGCGAAAAGACAAAGCCUGAAUCAACGUUUUUUGAGGAAGAAUUUGCCAAACUACCGUCAGGUUUAAUCCAUAAACACGACUUAGCUGCCGCCGUAGAGAACCGAGGAAAAACCCGCUAUAGGGAGAUGUUUGCCUACGACCACUCUCGAGUGCCUUUGGAAAAGGAAAAGCCAAACGACUCCGAAUAUAUCAAUGCCAGUUUCAUUCACGGCUUUGGAAAAGUGACUAAGUUCAUUGCAUCCCAAGGUCCAACGGAUAAAAUGAUCGAAGAUUUCUGGCGCAUGAUUUGGCAGCAACGUGUGGACAAGAUUGCAAUGCUAACUAAUGUUAUUGAAAUGGGGACGUUAAAAUGCCUGCAAUACUGGCCAGAGGAAAUGAAUGGUGUAUGCUCGUACGGUGGUGUGGAAAUAAAGUAUGCAGCUAUAGAGGAGACGUUUGACUACAAUAUCAGAUCUUUUGACAUACGUCGGGGGAAGGAGUCACGACGUGUAAAACAGUUUCACUUCAAGACAUGGCCCGACAAGGACGUUCCCGAAACGACCUGGAGUCUGGUCGAUUUCUGGAGAGCCGUUGAUACUAGUGAUGCGGCUAACAUUUCGCCAAUUGUCGUACAUUGCAGCGCGGGUGUUGGUCGGACGGGAACAUUUAUCGCCCUUGACAUCUUAAUUACACAGGCAAGGAUGGAAGGUUCUAUUCGACCCCUUCAAAUGGUCGAGGCGCUUCGUCAGCAAAGGGUCAACAUGGUUCAAACAAAGGAGCAAUACAAAUAUCUUCACGAAGCCGUGGCUGAAGCACUACUGAUUGGGACACAUCCUGUUCUUACAAGGCAGUUCGCAAGCGUCGUCGACUAUAUUAUGGGCAAAGAGAGGAAAUCUAGGACUACGAGACUUGAAGAACAAUUUAAUUUAAUUGUCAAAAGUGUCCAAGAGGUACCUGAAUCGGCUGAAGAACAAUCGUCGGGUCCAACAUAUGGGAAUAUGGAGACAGUCAUGUCGGAAUUACACGCAUACCGACCGCAACUGCAAAAGCGAGGUUCGAAGUUCAUCCAGCGACUGGGAGCCAUUUUCCUUCCGACUGUUGGCAAUACGAAUGCAUUGCUAGUGUGCAUGUCACCCACCGACCAACACAUGGAAGAGUUCUGGUCCUUAGUCGACGAACAUCGUGUAACCACGGUAAUCAGCCUGGCUUCACCCGGCAGUGCGACAUAUGAGACCUGUCAGUAUUUGGGUGCUCGAGGAAGCGGUCGGGUUGGACAGUUUUCUGUCAACUACAUUCAUGAAAAAAAAAACAAAGGCAGUGUGGAAAGAACUUUCUCGUUCAGAGAUGAGAAUCACGAGGAUGAGGACUACCUGACCACAAUAAAGCAGUUCCAGUUAACCUCCUGGCUGGAGGGACAUGACACACCUUCAGAUAUACAGUCGUUCCUGGGUCUGAUUGAGGAGGUACUGAAGUGGCAGCCAAGCCUCUCCGACAAAAGACCAAUUCUGAUCCAUUGCCAAACUGGUUUCAUGCGGUGCGGACUUACCGCGUUGGUCCUGAACGAGAUACAACGCAUCAGAAAAGAAAAUGGGCAAAUUAACAUCGUGGAAUCUUUCAAAACUAUGAAAACCAGGUGUCAAGAUUUGGUUCACAACAAGACACAGUACAGAUUUUGUUAUGAAGCCAUUUUGGCCUACAUAACGAACUCGGGAACCUACCAGAACCUGUAAACCAGUCAAUACACAGCUUGAAAUCCUUCAAAAACAUACGCAAUGGUGGGCUAUAUGUCAAUAAAAAUGAUUUGGAAGUGUGCGUUGUAAAUUGAUUAAACAAACAUUUUCUCAUUACUUAUUGCAUAGAUUACUAGUGCAGGAUUAUAAGUAAUCACGUUGUGUGCACAUACAUGUAACUCGGAAUGUAUGUUAUUUAAAAAAAUGUUUUUAGAAAUUGAAGUGAACAAAUCAGAUAUUAUUGAACAAUUUGUCUUUUCUAUUCAAAUUACCUCGACAAUUAAGUAUGUUUAACGCGCAAAACCAACACAAAAAGUUAUUGGCUCACUUUUCACCCAUUCAUUGAAAGUCACAUAUUUGCAUUAAUCCACUGUUAGUUUUGGGGACUAUGAUAUGCUGGGACAUUAAGGAAGCCUAGUUGUUGUGUUUCUUUGUAAUGUGUCUACAUGUUUUGUGUAAGGUGUAGAGUCACUUUUGAUGCACGUAUAAACAAGAUUGAGUAACCUCUACACCAUUGAGUUCUCACAAAACAAAAACAAAGCUACGUAUACUUGAAAGCAAAAAACACAUAGUGCGAUCGAAUCUUUUGCAAAUUAUUUUCUCACUUACAAGUUACAAAUGCAUAGUUAUAGUUUACAGUUGAUCGAUGUGGGACAUAACAUUUUUCUUCACGAUUUCGUUUGUUUUGUCUAAAUACAAAGUCUUUUUUAGACAAGAUUGUUUGUUUCAACAAAACAUUUAUUCAAGAUUAACAGCUUUGUAAAUGGGAAACUAUCGGUUCUUACUAAUUCUCAAAGUUGUUCCUAUCUUUGCAAAUAUAUGUCUUAUCAAUCAUAUACUUUCUUAUUGCUUUAUAUGCAUUACAUUUUAAUCAGAAUUUGUAUUAUAAGUAGAGAGUAAAUAAUAUGCAGAAACUAGUUUCUUUUUAAUUGGAUACGAUUUUCGUUAUUACAUAUCUUUCUUUUGUUGUUCAAACGUAUCGUUGUAUAUUGCUUAAUACAUGUUAAACUAUAUACAUAUUCAUGUUAAACAACGUCAUACUGUUAUUACUAAAGACAUUUUUGUAUAUUAAUUCGGCCUAUAAACAUCAUAGAUUAGUGACUUUGAGACUAUAUUUGAUGUUUUUUCUCUUGUUCAUAAUUUUAAAUGCGCAAACAAUUUAUGUAUUUAUUGUAUUGCGUUUAAAUAUUUAUCGAGACGAACAUGCGUUUAUACUUUAGACCGAUUCAAUACGUAUCUUUAGGUGGGUUCCCACUACCGAUCCGAUCAACUCGAAAUUUCCCGACCAAACCCAACCAAGCUCGACUAAAAAGGGUAUACACGACAACUUCUCGACCUCUUGUCGAUAACAAUCGACCCACACACGACUCAUUCACGACGUCCACUCAACCAUCUUUCCGAUUUCCGCUCGAUCAUCUCGACCUAAACGCGAGCCCUAUACGAUCUCAGCUCGACCAAGUGGACCGCAGCUCGAUCGCCACCAGAUUUGCAUACGACCAGAUCGUGAUGGUCGUACUACAGUCGUACAAAGCGAUCUAAAAUAACUCGGGUACAGGUCGAGCGGAUCGGGUACAGAGCUCGUGUAUGGUCGAAUAGCAAUCGGAAAGUGAUCGUGUACGGACGAGUAGCCGUCGGGAAGCAGUCUAGUAAAUAUGUACCUCAAAUCGAAUAGAGGUCGAGUGGAUCGUGUUGCGAUCUAUAAUAACUUGGGUAGAGGUCGAGCGGAUCGGAUACAGAUUGUGUAAAAGAUGUCAAUCCGAUCGCCACACGAUUGCUUCACGAUCAACUCGAUCUUCUACUCGACUUAUACACGACCACUUCCAGAGCGCUUCUCGAUCCAUUUCCUACUCGACCGCUACUCGAUAUUUUUUGACAUGUCAAAAAAUAUCGGGUAGAAAGCCCGACCAAUGCCGACCUACCCGACCGCCUCGACCACUCAUUCCGACCGAACCAGACCAGUACCCGACCGCUUGGUCGGGCUUGAUCGAGUUGAUCUGAUCGGCAGUGGGAACCCAGCUUAAAGCAACUUGCAUUAAGAACAAAACUGACAAUGACAUUUUAAAAGUCUGACAUUUACUUUGGAUUGGAUUAGAAACGAUGGUUUUCAAUAAUAAUAAAAAUCUUCCUGAUUUAGAUUUAUAUUUUUUUAAAGAUAGAAUCUAUCUAUUAAAAUGAUUAAUGUUUCGUUUAGUAUAUCUAUAUAUUAUAUAAUAUGUCAUAUUAAAUAUGUAAUGACCAAAUGGGCAAAAUCAUAAGGUAUAUAUAAUUUUUAUGUUUUAGCAUUAUACUGUUUUACAUGCAUACGUUCUUUUGUAUUGUUGGUUACGGGAAAUUACUAUCGUGCAUAUGUGCUGUAUUAGUUUUUGCUAUAUAUACGAAUAAAGCAUACGUACUCGCUUAUAA